ACGAGUGCUCAUUUGACCAGGGGCGGGGUGUAACCAGUGGGACUUCCGGGUUUCGGCACGUCGUCACCGAGCACCCGCGUUUCUCGAACAGCCCACCUCUGUUUGGCGGGAUUCAAGCAGCAAGAAAGAAGAAGCGACUCCAUUAUUUGCUCGACAACAUGGAGUUUCCUGGCAGAAGGAACAAGUUUGCUCAGAAUCCGCAGACCGAGCUCUACGGACAGCCUCUGCAUUUCUAUGGACAGCCUCCGCUUGAAAACAUCUCUCUUACAGAAUUCGAGACAUUUGCAGUGGAAAGAUUGAAACUCUUGAAGACCGUUGAGAAUUUGGGUGUGAGCUACGUCAAACUCUCUGACCAGUACAUCAAGAAACUGGAUAUUGAGUUCAAAAACCUGAACUUUCCUUACAGAGCCGAUGCUGAUGACAGAAAAUCUCAGAGUGGGCCGAGUGAAUAUGAGAAACGCAGAAAGGACCACAUCUCCCACUUCAUUCUGAGACUUGCCUACUGCCAGACAGAGGAUCUCAGAAGAUGGUUCAUCCAGCAGGAAGUGGACCUCUUCCGCUACCGCUUUAACGACCUGCAUCCCAAAUUAAAGCUGGAGUUCCUGCACAAAAAUAAUCUUCAGUAUGAUGCGAUUACUGUCGAGGAGAAGCGGAUGCUGCAGGAUAAGCUUGUCAACUCCAGCUACGGCGUCAGCGGAAUCACUGUGGAGGAUCAAGACUUCUACAAAGUGCCUUUCCAAGAUGCUCUGGAUCUGGUCCGAACCAGGAAAGUGUACCUAAAAGCGGGCUACGUGUACGUCCCACACCAGGACAUUGUCACCAUUGUGCUAAAUGAUUUUCGCACAAGGCUGUCUAAAGCUCUUGCGCUGACGGCUCGCUCGCUACCGGCGGUGCAUUCUGAUGAACGGCUGCAGCCGCUCCUUAACCACCUCAGUAAUUCCUAUUUGGGACAAGACUACAGCAUCCAAAAAAAUGUUGGUAAAAUCUCCUUGGAACAAAUAGAUCCGCUCUCAGGCAAGUCCUUCCCCCUGUGCAUGAGGCAACUUCAUCAGGCCUUAAGGGACAACCACCAUCUGCGCCACGGCGGUCGCAUGCAGUACGGCCUCUUCCUCAAAGGCAUCGGCCUCUCUUUGGAGCAGGCCUUGCAGUUCUGGAGGUCGGAAUUCACCCGAGGCAAAGUGGACGCAGACAAGUUUGACAAAGCGUACGCUUACAGCGUCCGCCACAUGUUUGGCAAAGAAGGCAAGAGGACAGACUACACUCCUUACAGCUGCAUGAAGGUGAUUUUGUCGAACCCACCCAGUCAAGGCGACCAUCAUGGAUGUCCAUUCCGACACAGUGACCACGAGCUGCUGAAGCAGAAGCUUCAGUCCUACAAGGUGUCGCCCAGUGGGAUCAAUCAGAUUUUAGAGUUGGUCAAAGGGAUGCACUACCAGCUGGCCUGCCAGAAGUACUUUGAGCUGACACACAAUGUGGAGGACGUCAACUUCUCUCUCAGUCACCCCAACCAGUACUUUGUGGAGAGCCAGAAGGUUUUGGGGGGAGGCAAAGACAUCAAGCGAGAGAUGGACACCUCGCAGAGGUCACAGGGCAACAACAACUCCGCGGCCAGAAACUCUGCUGCUAUCAGGGAAAAGACUGUGGCGGCGAACACAAACGCAUCGCAGGAUUCGGCGGAGAUGACGGAAGAUCUGGACUCGUACUUUCAUGAUGCUUGAGUUACUAUUUUACUUUUUUUGUGUAGAAAUAAAACGCCAUAUUUUUAAAGUAGCCAUCCGUCAGUGUAAAGUUGACUUCAUGGUGCUUUGGUAAAAGUUUUCUGGUGAUCUCUCCAAUUUCCCAGCUGCCUCAGUAACGAUAUCAUUGUAUUCGCUGGCAGGAGCGUUGAUGAAUGGUGGCAGGAGGUUGCAUUGAAAUAAACAAUUCCCCCCACGUGUAUUAUGCUGCCUGCCCCUGGAAUAUUGCUUCGGUGUGCACAAUGUCUUCCUAGCAUACGUGGUGCUGCUCGCUAACUUUUUUUCCUUUCCUUUCCUCGCUUAAUAGUUUGUGACAAAUGGUGGCUGUCUGAAAGCCAAGAACCUUUAGUCCUGCCGGAGUAAAGCUUUGUCCAUGUGUGCCGCCUUGGCAAAGCAGCCUAAUCUUGCCCUUUCAGGACAUACACUUUUUGGACGCUUAUCUGGACUCGUUGCAUUUUUUUGAACACCAUUAUUACUUGAGAUCCAAUUAGACUCAGCCCCUAGUUGUAUGAAUACAAAUCUGCUUUGUUGCCUUGAAUGGUUGAGUGAGGCUUUCUGUAGUGAAAUGAUUAAUUUAGGGAAUAAUUUAAUCAUCUCUGAUGUAACAUUCAAAAUCAUGUGACUUUUCUGUGCCAAGACCAGAAGUCCUCGCUGUCUACGCUUUUACCGCCAGACCAUUCUGCACAAACUGUAGCUUCUGUUGGUUUAAUAGCCAAGCAUGGUGCUUAACGUGGGGGAUUUGUGGCUAGCUGCUGCUGUCAGCAAAACAUUGGUGUUAUUUGUGGGUCGCACAUGACUUUGCUUGUAGAAAAAAGAUGCCAUUUGAUCUUCUCAGAAAGGAUUUGCAAUUAUUAGCCAUGACCUUCUUCAUUGGCACUGUUACUCCGAGGUGUGGGCCGGCCAGUUUUGCAAAAUGCUGACAUUUU